AUGACCAACUGCAACACAGUGUCGACACCGGCGGAUCCACAUCAGCGAUUAACGAAAACUGGAUCGACAACGAAGGAGCAGAAGCAGCACAUGGAAAAGGUUUCGUUUCGGCAGCUGAUCGGAGGAUUGCAGUUUCUGGCGCACUGUACGCGGUCGGACAUAGCAUACGCUGUGAAUGUGGUUAGUAGCUUCAGUAGCGAUCCAAGCGAGGUGCAUUGGGUAGCGGCGAAAAGGAUUCUCCGGUAUUUGAAGGGCACGAAAUCCAUGAAGCUAACUUUCCGGAAGCAAUCUGCGCCAUCGUUCGAGGGAUUCAGCGACGCAGAUUGGGCCUUUAUCAAGGCUCAAAGAGUUGUUAGGUUGCUGCUAGCCGGUCUAGUCCAGCUCAACCACCGAGGCUUCAUGAGGCGAAGCCAGGCCAACGUCCGGCCAUCAUCUCGGGAAGGAACGCGAGGGUUCCUGCUCCCACCCGGCUCGGUUCCUGAGCGGAACGCGAGCACCACAACGUAG